AUGACACAGACAGACACCAAUGGUUCGGUCAAUGGCAGUAUCAACGGCACUAACCACGGCGCUCUCAAUGGCAAUGGCAAGGGUACCGCCAACGGCCUUACCAACGGCCUCAGCAACGGCCAGCCUAAAGGUGGACUAGACCUCACUGUGCUUGGCCUAAACAGCGGUACGAGUAUGGAUGGAAUCGAUUGCGCGUAUUGCAGAUUCAGGCAAGAAUCUCCGUCGGCACCCAUGCACUUUGACCUUUUGGCAUACGAUGAAGUUCCUCUGGAGCCAAAGAUCAAAAAGAGGGUCAUGAAUAUGAUCAUGCACAACAAAACCACACCAGAAGAGCUGUCAGAAGUUAACGUGCUGCUGGGCAAGACCUUUGCCGCGGCAACUACCAAGUUCAUGCAAAAGCAUGGUAUAUCGAAGGACGAGAUUGAUGCGAUAGGUUCACACGGUCAAACAAUAUGGUUGCUUAGUAUGCCCGAACCUGGACAGACAAAGUCUGCCUUGACGAUGGCCGAGGGUGCGUUUCUCGCGUCAGAAACUGGUAUCACUACUGUGACCGACUUCCGAGUCUCGGAUCAGGCUGCAGGUCGACAGGGUGCGCCCUUGAUUGCUUUCUUCGAUGCUCUUGUCCUCCAUCAUCCAACCAAGCUGAGGGCGUGUCAAAACAUCGGCGGGAUAGCGAACGUCUGCUUUAUUCCUCCAGACGACCAGAACGGCAAUCUCAACCGCGAAUUCUUCGAUUUCGAUACGGGACCCGGCAAUGUGUUCAUCGAUGCUGCGGUACGCUACUUUACCAAUGGAACUCGGGAGUACGACAGGAAUGGAGAGAUGGGGGCAGCUGGUGCCGUCGAUCAAGACCUGGUGGACGAAUUCCUUUCACAUGCGUACUUCAGGCUCGAUCCUCCCAAAACGACAGGCCGUGAGGUUUUCAGGGACACAUUAGCUCUCGAUCUUAUUGCCCGAGGCGAGGCGAAGGGGCUGUCAGCAAACGACAUCGUAGCAACAAUAACUCGGAUCACUGCACAAGCCAUUGUUGAGCAUUAUCGCCGGUAUAUGCCCACACAAUACGGUCCCCUUGCAGAGAUCUUCAUGUGUGGCGGAGGGGCCAAGAACCCCAAUAUCACCAAAUAUAUGCAAUCAUGCUUUCCACAGACGCGGAUAGUGAUGCUGGAUGAAGCGGGAAUACCAGCCGAUGCGAAGGAGGCGAUCACAUUCGCCUGGCAGGGGAUGGAGGCUGUUGUGGGAAGGAGCAUACCGAUACCGAGUCGUGUGGAGAGUGAUAAGCAAUUCGUCUUGGGCAAAGUCAGCGCAGGAGACAACUACCGGAAAGUUAUGAGGCACGGUAUGCAGUUUGGCGCAGGGCACGAUCACCUAGAACCCGUGACAGAAUUGGUAAAUUUUGUCAACGGAGAGGUCUUUGAUAACAAUUGGUGA